UAGCUUACUCUUAUUAACGGGGCCGUGGUCAACAACUGAUCUUAUGCAAUAAAUAACUCUGCCAAUUAUAUCAUCCAUGCAAAUGGGCCCAAAAGUACGACUAUCAUUUGCAUCCUUGGGAUUUAUGCUUUCAUUGUCCGCUUCUACCCAGCACUCAUCUUCAUUAAUUACAAAAGGUUCAUCUUUUUCAUCAGUGGAGACCAUCUCAUAUCCUUCAAUUGCAGUCAAUCUCCGAACAAGAAGAUUGCCUGACUUAACAAGGUCCUUAAGGACUACAACAUCUCCUACAAAACUUGCUUUGGACUUGAUGCAGCUAUCUUCCGAACAAGAAUGGUUCCACCAUGAGGUCCCAUUGUGGGUACCAUUUCUUCACCUUUAUUGAAAUGCUGCAAGAAUGUUAACUUUCCUAGAAAAAAAUGCUUGACUAGGAAAUUACUUGCUUCUUUUUCAGUGACAUGUCCUGCUAUGUAGCCCUUCUUGCAGACAGAGUAAGCAUACUCCCCUU